AUGGCUCGAGAAUGUUGGAUUAGUAUCCAAACGACGUGCAAAUUAUACGAUCGCUUGUGCCAGACAUGCAUGAUCGAGAUUCCGAAUAGAAGUAUCGUCAUGCAGAGUCGUCGUGGCCGAUGGGUGAAUGAGCGAGAACUGGAUCGCGCAAUGCAAUCAUCGGUGUUGGAAGCAAACCAAGCGAAACCCAUCUGGUAUAUAUCAAGCGCCUCAACGCCAACUGUGAAUGACCAAAGGCAAGCCAACUCCCCUUUCUUUCUCAAGAAAGCAUUUGGGAGCACGCCCCAAAUUUGUAUGUACGCCAUGUUGUCCUACACCGAGGAGCUCCCAGUCAACUCUGGCAUGCUUAGCUCUGCCAGGUUGUAG